AGUAUCAGUAAUACAUAGAUUCUAUCGAGAAUUUUCCAAUCUACUGUAUGUACAGUUUUUAAUCAUAUAUAAACUAAAGUAAUUGAAGUGUUAUGUUUCAUCUCUUAUUUUUUUAUGUCUCAUUGGAAUACUGUUACAUUGGAAAACAAUAUUUAUAAUAAAAUACUUUUUGUUAUUCUUAUAAUUAUUUUCAAUUUAUCUAAACAAAAAGAAACUGAUGUAUUACGUAAAUUGUUUUAAACUUUGUUUUUAAUAAACUGUUCAUUGUAGUAAAUUAUUUUUAAAAAAAAAAUUUUUUGUAAAUUUAAAAUGUUAACGGUAAAUUACAUUAUUUCAGUGAAUUUUUUAUUUUUUAGUUAAGAUUUAUGUUAUUUAUCUACAAAUGAUUCCUUAUUUAAUAAAAAAACAUAUUUCAUGUAAAAUUUCCAAAAGAUACAAUUAAAAAAAAAAAUAUGUCAAAAAUAACAUCGAAAACUAAGAAUAUUAUUAUUAAAACAUCAAAAAUGAAAAGUCCUACUGAAAUAAUAAAUACAAGGUCCAUAACUGAAGCCAAAAAGACAAGAAAUAGAAAAGCUAAAACAUCUAUUUCACAAACUAAAGAAAUCACACAAAAAGAAAAACAUAAAAUUACAAAAAAUAAAAAGUUAUCUAAGGAAGAUAUUAAUAUUACAGUGAAAUCAGAAAAUAUUGUUACACAUAAUAAUUCCAAUAUGAAUAAACAGGAAUCAAAAAAUAAAAAAAGAAAACUUAUUACAGGAGUAAAAAAAAAUAUUUCAAAGCAAAUGUCUUUAAAAGAAUCAUUUCUAAACCAAUCUAAAAUACAUUUUUUAAGAUCUUCUAAAAAUUCUAAGAAUUCCAUGAAUGGUAUAUCAACAAAGAAAUUAUCUAUUAAUAAAAAAAAAUUACCAAUUUAUAAACAUGUUUCACCAGAAAAGCAAAAAGAAAAUAUCAGUGAAAUAUAUGAAUUUAAGUUUGAUAUUAAUGAUUCAAAUGAAAGAUUACCAAAAAAACAAAAAAAAAUAGUUACUAAAAGAAAAGUUACAAAUAGAAAAAAGAAAAAUAUUCCUGUAAAACAAGUUGCUAAAAAAAAAUCAAUUAUUAAAAAAAGUGAAGAAAUAAAAAAUUCAGAUUUUAUAGAAUUUGAAACAAAAAAAAAAGAUUCUAUGGAACAUUUGAAUAUUAGAAGUAAUAUAUUAAAAGAAAAUGUAGUAAAAAAUCUCAAACCAAAUAUAGAAGUAAAUAAACAAUUGAAGAAUUCAGAAAAUAUAAUUAAAGAACAUACUAUUGAUGAAAUAACUACAAAACCUACAAUUAUAUCAGUAAAAGAUUUAAGUGAUAAAAAAAUUUCAAUAAUAGAUACUUCACAAAUAUCAAAUUCAAAUGAUUUUAAACCAUUUAGACCAACAAAUAUUUUUAAUAAUAAACAAAUGAUACAACAAAAUAAUACACUUAAUUAUUCUUUAUUUGAAAAGUCUUUAUCACCAAUUAGGAAAUCACUAGAAAAUUCUCAGAUGCUCUGUAGUCCUUGGAGAGCAUCAUUACUUACAUUUUCUCAAGUAAAAAAUAUAUUUCAAAGCACACCUAAAAAUAAUAAUUAUGAUAUUAUUAAUAAAAAACUUGUGCGAACAUUAAAUGAAUCUAAACAAUUUGCAAAUGUAACAAAAACAAAAAACACUUUACAAAAAAAUAAUGAAAAUAUAAGUACAGAAGAGCAUAUAAAUAUUAAUACUUCCAAAAAGAAAAAUCUUUUAACUUUAAGAAAAUUUGGUACAGAAAUUACAAAUAUUGAUCACUCCUUACAAUUUAAAUCUUCAAUAGAACAAAUAAAUGAACAUAUGCCAAUUGAAACUGAAAACAUUCAGUCAAAUAUACAAUCAAUCAGUGUAAUUACUUCUAAUGUAAAUAAUGCAUUUAAAUUUGACAAUAAGGAAAUUAAAAAGAAUAGUAUAUUAAGUCCAAAAAAAAGUUUUAAAAAAGAAAUAAUUAACACACAAAUUCAAGAAAAUAUAUUAAAUAUAAAAGCUAAUGAUCAAAAAGAAAAUUUUAUUUCUCAACCUGGACCAUCAGGUUUACAAAAUAAUUCAAUUUUUAAUGAAAAAAGAAUUUUAAAACAAUCAAAUUUAAAUAAUUUUCUUAAUAUAAUGGAACUACCACAAUGCACAACAAUUAAAACACCACAUGGAAUUUUUGAUGAUACACAAUCAAUAUCAAUAAUCAAUAAAUCAAUGAAGAAGUUUAAUGAAUCUAAUAUAAAAUUAAAUAACACAUUUGGUUUUAGUGAUAGUGAGUCUGAUCAAGAAGUAUCUUCUAUUAAAAUUGAAAAUAAUAAACAAGAAAAAUUUGUUCAAUCAAAUGUAAUUAUACAUGAUAUAAAACUUACUGCAAGAUUAUCAAUUGAUGAGAUAAAAAAUAAAUUACUUAUCAAAAAUUUAAAAGAAGAAAAAGAUAAAGAAUGUAAUAAAGAAAAUAUAUUAAUUAAAAAUAAAGAAAUAAAAAAAUUACCCAUUAAAGAAAAAAAGAAACAAAUUGAUAUUUUGAAUUUUUCUGAUACAUUUGAUAUUCUAUCUGAAACAGGUGGAACAUCUGUAGUGUCUUCAUCUAAUAUUCCAUUAUUUACUGAUUUUGAACCAUCUCAUUUUACACAGCCUCCACGACAUUCAUAUAAACGCAAACGUAAUGUAAAAUAUAGUUUUUCUGAAGAAGAAAGUGAAGAAGAAGAAAUGGAAUCAAUUGAACAUGAAAUAAAACGAAAGAAAACUAAUAAAAUGAAAAUGGAACAAGAAAAAAGAUUACAGAAAUGGGUUCAGGACAUCAAUAGAACUUUUCACGAAAUAGAUCAGCAUGAACUUGUAAUUGAAUAAAUUUAUUAUUAUUAUAAAAAAACAAA